AUGGCACCACCAAAGUCGAAGCCAGGCAGGUCGGCUAUUGCUGACGUUGUCACCCGGGAAUACACGAUUCACAUGCACAAGAGGGUACACGGCGUCUCCUUCAAGAAGAGAGCACCAACUGCCAUCAAGGAGAUCAAGGCUUUCGCACACAAGCAGAUGGGCACAUUCGAUGUCCGUCUGGACCCCCAGUUGAACAAGGAAGUCUGGAAGCAGGGUAUCAAGGGUGUCCCAUACCGUCUCCGUGUCAGAAUCUCGAGAAAACGUAACGACGAGGAAGGUGCCAAGGAGAAGCUGUACAGCUUCGUUGAGGCCGUUGCUGUCAAGAAUCCUAAGGGACUGCAGACUACUGUUGUCGAUGCUUAG